AUGAACGAGUCUUAAAACAAAAUUUCUCGAAAUACUUCAUCUUCACAUUUUAGUCUUCCUAAAAUAUAGAAAAUAACAAACACUCCAAAAUAUCUUGAAGUUAAAGGCUAUAAAAAUUAUAAGUACAAGAGUUAUAUGAUGGAUUUGAUGAAAUCAGAUAAGAAGUUAUAAAAAUUGUUACCCUUUCAUCUUUAAAAUUUGACAAAAACACCUAGAAAGAGGUAUGAACUAAAUGAUUCUACGAAAUAAGAAUUGUUGCAUUUUAAUAAAUUAGAUAAUAUAUUUACAGAAGGUGAUUUAGAAAUUAUGAAAUAAGCCACAGUUACUUAAGGAGCUAUGAAUAUUUAAGCUAUGUAUAGGAAAACAUUAAAGUCUUAUGAAUAGGAUUCUUAAAACACUAGAAGAGCUGAUGAAAGUCAAUUAUGUGAUGAAAUUACUAUGAAUAAUAGUAUAAUCAGCAAUAUUAUUGAACAUCAAAAAUAAUUGACUAUAAAUCCAAGAGUGAUUAGAUAAUCAAAGAAAGAAAUAUACAAAGAAAUGAAUACUAUCAAAGAGUUCAAGGUUUUAGUUAAAAAUACAUAAUAAUAUAAAGAUAUUUAUGAUAUUAAAGAAUAAGGAAAAAGUAUAAUAAAAAUAAUUAAAAAAUAGAUCCUUUUAUAUAUCAAUUUAUUUUAAGGGAAUCUUAUUUGAGUUUUACUGAAUUAUCAAAAAUAAUUUAAGAUAGAAUUUUAUUAGCUUUUGAUAUAAAUCCUCAUAAUGAAUAAGAAAAGGUGUAUUACAAUUAAUUUAGAUUAUUCAAAUAGAUUAUUAUUAGCCAGCAUUUUAAAGAGCAAACCUUAAUUAACUUUUUUAUUAAAGUACAAAAUUAGAAUAUAUAAGUUCUUUAAUCCUCACAAUCUACAAGAAAUUUCAUUAUAAGAUUUUAGAUCAAUACUAAUUGUGAUUUUGUAAAAUUCUGAAAAUAUGGAUUAAUUGGCAAAAUAUAUAUUAAAAAAUAUACAAUUAUCAUAAUAUGUUGAAGAUAAUCAAAUUAAAGAUUUAUUUGGUAUAUUUAAGUCUAAAAUACUGGAUCCUAUAAAUUUGAUCUAUUUAUUAUUAAAUAAUAAUUGA